CGCCAGUAUUGUUCUGGCCCUUCUGCAUAUACCAUCUAUUGCUGCCAUGAAGGGGAUUCCCUGCUGUGGGUCUACCACUUCCACAGCUCCACUGAGGUGGCCUUACAGCCUCCACUUCUAUCUUCCCUGGAACUUGCUGUGGCCGCAGCUCACGAAUAUCUGGUGCAAAAGUUCAGAGAGCUUAAGUCCCAGGACCCCCUGGAAUCCGAUAAGCCGCCCACACAGAAGGCCACCUUAGGACUGGUGCUAAGAGAAGCUGCAGCCAGUAUCAAGAGCUUUGGAGUCACCUUGUUAGAGAUCUCGGCCUUGUGGCUGCAGCAGGAAGUGCAGCGACUGGACAGUGGCAACCACUGCCCAGGCCCAGCCCGGGACACUAGGAAUCCUGGUAGGGCGCUGGCCCGUGUUGCCCUGGCCACAGGGCAGGGGAUUCGGCAAGCUGGAUCAGCAGCUGGCGCAAGUGCCCGGUACCUGAUCCAGGGGGCGUGGUUGUGCCUGUGUGGACGCGGUUUGCAGGAGUCUACCUCAUCCCUGCAACAAGCCCUACGCCAACUAGGCCUUGGGGUCCCUGGGGAUCUGAGAUACUGGGGAAACCUCAAGGUGUCGUCCAGCAGCAGUGAGGAGAAUGGGGGGACAGAUAAUCCAUCACUGUCCCAGUCCAACCCUGUGUCCAAAUAAAAGUCCAGAACGGGACGACACCAAGUCCCUAUGCAAGC